AUGUCUGCUGCCAGCUGUCUGCGAUCUGAAGAUCAGUUUCUGUGCUCCAUCUGUCUGGAUGUGUUCACUGAUCCAGUCACCACAUCAUGUGGACACAACUUCUGCAAAAACUGCAUCACUGAACACUGGAACACUAAUGACCAGUACCUGUGUCCCAUCUGUAAAGAGGUUUUUACCAGAAGACCUGAUUUGAGAGUCAAUACUCUGCUCUCUGAGAUGGUUUCUCAGUUCAGACAGGAAGCUCAACAGAAAGCCAGCAGCAGCAGCUCAGAGCAACAAGCUGCCAAACCAGGAGAAGUUCCCUGUGACGUCUGUACUGGAACCAAACUGAAGGCCCUGAAGUCCUGUCUGGUGUGUCUGGCCUCCUACUGUGAGACUCACCUGGAGCCUCAUCUGACAGCUUCACGCCUGAAAAGACACCAGCUGAUGGACCCUGUGGAGAACCUGGAAGACAGGAUGUGUAUGAAGCACGAUAAACCUCUGGAGCUGUUCUGUAAGACCGACCAGACAUGUGUCUGCAAGUUCUGCCCUAUUUUAGACCACAAGACACAUGAUGUUGUUCCUCUGAAAGAAGAAUAUGAAGGAAAGAAGGCAGAGCUGGGGAAGACAGAGGCUGAAAUUCAGCAGAUGAUCCAGAAGAGACGACUGAAGAUUCAAGAGAUCAAACACUCAGUUGACCUCAGUAAGAAAGAUGCAGACAGAGAGAAAGCAGAAGGCGUUCGGGUCUUCGAUGCUCUGAAGGAGUCUAUUAGGAGAAGCGAGGCAAAAGUUGUCAAAACAAUCAAAGAAAGGCAGAAAACGACAGAGAAACAGGCUGAAGACUUCAUCAAAGAGCUGGAACAGGAAAUCUCUGAGCUGAAAAAGAGAUGCACUGAGGUGAAGCAGCUCUGUCACUCUGAAGACCACCUCCACCUCCUCCAAAACUUCCCGUCCCUGAAAGCUGCUCCACCCACCAAAGACUGGACAGAGGUCAGCGUCCAUCCAUCAUAUGAGGGGACUGUGGUGAGAGCUGUGGCUCAGGUGGAGGAGACGCUCAGUAAAGAGAUGAGGAAGCUGUUUACUGAGGCUGAGCUGAAGAGGGUCCAGCAGUAUGCAGUGGAUGUGACUCUUGAUCCUGAUACAGCACAUCCUAAACUCGUCCUGUCUGAUGAUGGGAAACAAGUAAACUGUAGUGAUGUGAAGAAGAAUCUCACAGACAACCCAAAGAGAUUUAUGCGUUAUGCUAAUGUUUUAGGAAAGCAGAGUUUCUCUUCAGGCAGAUUUUACUUUGAGGUUCAGGUCAAAGGGAAGACUGACUGGGAUUUAGGAGUGGCCAGAGAGUCGAUCAACAGGAAGGGAGUAGUCACACUGAAACCUCAGAAUGGUUACUGGACUAUAUGGUUGAGAAAUGGAAAUGAGUAUAGAGCUUGUAAUGACCCUCCAUUUGAUUUCUCUCUGAAGUCUCAGCCUCAGAAGGUGGGGGUGUUUGUGGAUUAUGAGGUGGGUCUGGUCUCCUUUUAUGAUGUAGAUGCUGCAGCUCUUAUCUACUCCUUUACUGGCUGCUCCUUCACUGAGAAACUCUAUCCAUACUUCAGUCCCCGCCCUAAUGAUGGUGGUAAAAACUCCGCCCCUCUGAUCAUCUGUCCUGUCAAUCAAACUGCCUGA